AUGAAUUUACCGCUACAGUGUUCUACAUUGAUUUGCUUCAAGUGUGGCAAGGAAGGGCAUAGGGCUAAUGAAUGCAAGAAUGUUACGGUCACUUGUUUCAAUUAUGGAAACGCUAGUCAUAUUAGCACACAGUGUCAUAAGCCUAAGAAGACUCAAGAUGUGAAAUAUGGUGAGAAAAUGUUUGCUCUCAGUGGUGUGGAGGCCUCCAAAUCUGAUAAUCUGGUUUUAGGUACUUGUUUCAUUAAUAACAUUCCUUUAAUUACUAUCAUUGAUACUGGUGCAAAUUAUUCCUUUAUAUCUAUUGAUCAUGUGAAGAGAUUAGGUCUUAUGGUAUCUGCUAUGAAUGGUAACAUGGUUAUCAAUACUCCAGCAAAUGGGUCGGUAACUACUUCUUUAGUUUGUUUGAAGUGUUUGUUGAUAAUAUAUGGUAGGGACUUUAGCGCCGACCUAGUUUGCUUACCAUUGAGUCAACUUGAUAUUAUCUUGAGUAUGAACUGGCUAGAGUUCAACCCUAUGUAUAUCAACCACUAUAACAAGAUUGUGUUGUUUCCUGAGUUUAUAGAAGAGAAAAUUAUGCAUUUUAUUUCUUCGAGACAGGUUGAAGAAUUCAUGAAGGAUGAAGCUCAGGUGUUUGCAAUGUUUGCUUCCUUGCAAGUUGAGGGUAAAGCGACGUUGAAAGAUCUGCCUAUAGUAUAG